GUGCAACAGCACAAGAGCCUCCUCUCCAGCUCGUGAGGGCAGGUCUACAGCCACCUGACUGAAGAUGUGUGACGAGGAAGAGACCACCGCCCUGGUGUGCGACAAUGGCUCUGGCCUGGUCAAGGCAGGCUUUGCUGGAGAUGACGCCCCUAGAGCUGUCUUCCCCUCCAUUGUUGGACGCCCCCGUCACCAGGGUGUGAUGGUGGGUAUGGGUCAGAAAGACAGCUAUGUAGGAGAUGAGGCCCAGAGCAAAAGGGGCAUCCUUACACUGAAAUACCCCAUCGAGCAUGGCAUCAUCACCAACUGGGACGACAUGGAGAAGAUCUGGCACCACACCUUCUACAAUGAGCUUCGUGUGGCUCCUGAAGAACACCCUGUCCUGCUGACUGAAGCCCCUCUCAACCCAAAGGCCAACAGGGAAAAGAUGACCCAGAUCAUGUUUGAGACCUUCAAUGUCCCAGCAAUGUACGUGGCCAUUCAGGCUGUUCUGUCGCUAUAUGCCUCUGGUCGUACCACCGGUAUUGUGCUGGAUGCAGGUGAUGGUGUGACACACAACGUGCCUGUAUAUGAAGGCUAUGCACUGCCCCACGCCAUCAUGAGGCUGGACUUGGCUGGCAGAGACCUGACUGACUACCUCAUGAAAAUUCUGACUGAGAGAGGUUACUCCUUUGUUACCACUGCUGAGAGAGAGAUUGUGCGUGACAUUAAGGAAAAACUGUGCUAUGUGGCCCUGGACUUUGAGAAUGAGAUGGCCACCGCUGCCUCCUCCUCAUCACUGGAGAAGAGUUACGAGCUCCCUGAUGGUCAGGUCAUCACCAUCGGCAAUGAGAGGUUCCGCUGCCCCGAGACCCUCUUCCAGCCUUCCUUCAUUGGUAUGGAGUCUGCUGGUAUUCAUGAGACCACAUAUAAUGGCAUCAUGAAAUGUGAUAUUGACAUUCGAAAAGACCUGUAUGCCAACAAUGUGCUCUCUGGUGGUACCACCAUGUACCCUGGUAUCGGUGACCGCAUGCAGAAGGAGAUUACAGCCCUUGCUCCCAGCACCAUGAAGAUAAAGAUGAUCGCACCCCCUGAGAGGAAGUACUCCGUCUGGAUUGGUGGCUCCAUCCUGGCGUCCCUCUCCACCUUCCAGCAGAUGUGGAUCAGCAAGGAUGAGUAUGAUGAGGCGGGGCCUUCCAUUGUCCACAGAAAGUGCUUUUAACUGCACACUCCUCCUUUCCUCUCCAGAAAAACUCAGUACCCCCCGUGGGAGGUCUACUCUCUUACUGCUACAGUCUUCAGUGAUGACCAUCA